UAUGAUGAGCCACUCCCUCCAGGGUCUUUUACUGGAGACAACUCAGGCAGCCACACAGACUCUCUUCCAAAGGGCAGAAGCAUCUAGGCAAACGGCUACCGGUAAGAGUCAUCUGUCCCUGAUCGCCACCAAGUCUGACACUGUCAGGGUUAUUUCCAGUCCUCCCUGUCCAAGAAGACGACUGCACACUCCUACGCUCCAAUUGCGCACAUGGUCCAAGACUCCUGUCUCCACGAAUGUGACAUCUAAGGGGGUUCUGGCUAUGCCUCCAGAGCCCAGGGACGCCUUCGCCCUCGGCUGCCAUCUACCGGCCACUGGGCGCCUGCUUCGCCCCGGGCCCAUCAUGUCUGCUGCAGCUUGGCUCGCACCAGCGGCGCGACAAUAAACAAGUGCGGCGGACGGGGCCCUGCACCCGCUACCCAGCAGAUGUGACUGCCUUCUUAGAUCCUAUGAGAGAAGACGUGACUUUUUCUGAGUUUCUUUCUUUUUUUUUUUUUUUAGAGCGUCCCAAGCUGCCAGGACAUGCUACAGGCGUAGAGCAACGCUGCUCCUACCUCCUCGGACCCCUCAAAGGAUGUCGGAGAUAAAGAGUUGCAAAUAAUGAGGAUCGUGCGCCGCAUCUGGGGAGGGAUAGCAAAAAUCCGCUGCAAACCCCGGGAGCGGUGAAGCCGCCAAGAGGAUGCGGGAGCCUUUCAAAUACUAAUUAGGGGCCGCGACUGCAGGUUCGCCUUGGGGACAGAGGCAUCCAGGCUCCGGUGGUCGUGGCGUGUGGGGGAGAGGAGCACAGCGGAGGAACCGCCGCCGAAGCAGCCCUGGGGCCAGUACCACCUUCUCUCGCCCCCUCACUACCAUGUACAGUGUGCGCUGCAAGAAGAAGGCGGGCGAUGAACGCACACCCUCGAGCCCCACUCCCUCUGGAGGUAAAAUGCACGUUUGCUGCCCCCCAGUAACUUUGGAACAGGACCUUCACAGAAAAAUGCAUAGCUGGAUGCUGCACACCCUAGCAUUUGCUGUAACAUCUCUCGUCCUCUCCUGUGCAGAAACCAUCGAUUAUUAUGGGGAAAUCUGUGACAAUGCAUGUCCUUGUGAGGAAAAGGACGGCAUUUUAACUGUGAGCUGUGAAAACCGAGGGAUCAUCAGUCUCUCUGAAAUUAGCCCUCCCCGUUUCCCAAUCUAUCACCUCUUAUUGUCUGGAAACCUUCUGAACCGCCUCUAUCCCAAUGAGUUUGUUAAUUACACUGGGGCUUCAAUUUUACAUCUGGGUAGCAAUGUUAUCCAAGACAUUGAGACCGGGGCUUUCCAUGGGCUGCGGGGUUUGAGGCGACUGCAUCUAAACAAUAAUAAAUUGGAACUUCUGCGAGACGAUACCUUUCUUGGCUUGGAGAACUUAGAGUACCUGCAGGUCGAUUACAAUUACAUCAGUGUCAUUGAACCCAAUGCUUUUGGGAAACUGCAUAUGCUGCAGGUGCUUAUCCUCAAUGACAACCUCUUGUCAGGUUUACCCAACAAUCUUUUCCGUUUUGUGCCCUUAACGCACUUGGACUUGCGGGGGAACAGGCUAAAACUUCUGCCCUAUGUGGGGCUGUUGCAACACAUGGAUAAAGUUGUGGAAUUACAGCUGGAGGAAAACCCCUGGAAUUGCUCAUGUGAACUAAUUUCUCUCAAGGAUUGGUUGGACAGCAUCUCCUACUCAGCCCUUGUGGGCGAUGUGGUCUGUGAGACCCCCUUCCGUUUACAUGGCAGGGAUUUGGAUGAGGUAUCCAAGCAGGAACUUUGUCCAAGGAAACUUAUUUCUGACUAUGAGAUGAGGCCACAGACUCCUUUAAGCACCACGGGGUAUCUACAUACCACCCCAGCUUCUGUAAACUCUGUGGCCACUUCUUCCUCUGCUGUUUACAAACCCCCUCUGAAGCCUCCCAAGGGGACCCGCCAGCCCAACAAACCCAGAGUGCGCCCCACCUCUAGGCAGCCCUCUAAAGACUUGGGCUACAGUAACUAUGGCCCCAGCAUAGCCUACCAGACCAAAUCCCCGGUGCCUUUGGAGUGUCCCACGGCAUGUACUUGCAACCUGCAGAUCUCUGAUCUGGGUCUCAAUGUCAACUGUCAAGAGCGCAAGAUAGAGAGCAUCGCAGAGCUGCAGCCCAAGCCCUACAAUCCCAAGAAAAUGUACCUAACAGAGAACUACAUCACUGUUGUGCGCAGAACAGACUUCCUGGAAGCCACUGGGCUAGACCUUCUACACCUGGGGAACAACCGCAUCUCCAUGAUCCAGGACCGGGCCUUUGGGGAUCUAGGCAACCUGAGACGCCUCUAUCUGAAUGGCAACAGGAUUGAGAGGCUGAGCCCAGAGUUAUUCUAUGGCCUGCAGAGUCUGCAGUAUCUCUUCCUCCAGUACAAUCUCAUCCGUGAGAUCCAGUCUGGGACUUUUGAUCCAGUCCCAAAUCUCCAGCUGCUAUUCUUGAAUAACAACCAAUUGCAGGCCAUGCCUUCAGGUGUCUUCUCCGGCCUGACACUUCUCAGGCUAAACCUGAGGAGUAACAGCUUCACCUCCUUGCCAGUGAGUGGAGUUUUGGAUCAGCUGACUUCCCUCAUUCAAAUAGAUCUCCAUGACAACCCUUGGGAUUGUACCUGUGAGGUGGUGGGCAUGAAGCUGUGGAUUGAGCAGCUCAAAGUGGGAGUGUUAGUGGACGAAGUGAUCUGUAAGGCGCCCAAGAAAUUCGCAGAGACCUACAUGCGCUCCAUCAAGUCUGAGCUGCUAUGUCCAGACUAUUCUGAUGUGGUGGUUUCCACGCCCACGCCCUCUUCCAUCCAGUUACCAUCCCGGACCAACGCAGCAGCGACGCCGGCUGUGAAGUUAAAUAGCACUGGGACCCCCGCAGGCUUAGGUGCUGGUACGGGGGCUUCUUCAGUGCCCUUAUCUGUGUUGAUUCUCAGUCUGCUGCUGGUUUUCAUCAUGUCGGUCUUUGUGGCAGCAGGCCUUUUCGUGCUGGUCAUGAAACGUAGGAAAAAGAACCAGAGCGACCACACCAGUACCAACAACUCCGACGUGAGCUCUUUCAACAUGCAGUACAGCGUCUAUGGGGGUGGAGGCGGCGGCGGGGGUGGCCACCCACACGCACACGUGCACCAUCGCGGGUCUGCGCUGCCCAAGGUGAAGACUCCCGCGGGCCACGUGUAUGAAUACAUCCCUCACCCACUGGGCCACAUGUGCAAAAACCCCAUCUACCGGUCUCGAGAAGGCAAUUCCGUGGAGGAUUACAAAGACCUGCACGAGCUCAAGGUCACUUACAGCAGCAACCACCACCUGCAGCAGCAGCAGCCGCCGCCGCCGCAACAGCCCCAGCAGCAGCCCCCUCCGCAGCUGCAGCUGCAGCCUGGGGAGGAGGAGAGGCGGGAAAGCCACCACUUGAGGAGCCCCGCCUACAGCGUCAGCACCAUCGAGCCCCGAGAGGACCUACUGUCGCCAGUGCAGGACGCUGAUCGCUUUUACAGGGGUAUUCUAGAGCCAGACAAACACUGCUCCACUACCCCCGCAGGCAGCAGCCUCCCGGAAUACCCUAAAUUCCCAUGCAGCCCGGCUGCUUACACUUUCUCCCCAAACUAUGACCUGCGGCGUCCCCAUCAGUAUUUGCACCCUGGUGCAGGGGAGAGCAGGCUGCGGGAACCGGUGCUCUACAGCCCCCCGGGUGCUGUCUUUGUAGAACCGAACCGGAACGAGUACCUGGAGUUAAAAGCAAAACUCAAUGUUGAGCCGGACUACCUCGAAGUGCUGGAAAAACAGACCACAUUUAGUCAGUUCUAAAAACAAAGAAACUCUAUCGGAGCUUUUGCAUUUCGAACAAGCAAGCAAGCAGACAUACUCCACUCGGUGAACACAUUUGAUUAAUUGUGUCCUUUCAACAUUUAGGGCGAAGUGCCUUGGCACAGGAUUCUCAGCUUCGGUGGAAGCUAACUGAAAGGGUGUGCAAUUUCCUCUUAAUUUUACACGCGGGAAACAUUUGUGUAAAGUAGGCACAUCACUUUCUCUUCUUGUCUGUGGGGGAAGACAGAAGGGCUUUCUGGAGGGCGAUUUGCAUCAAGAGUGACUGUAAACAGGUUGUGGUCCCUUUGGCAGAGCUCUGAAGUUCUAAGAAGGGUGCGGGUGGAAGCAGCUUAGAUUCUACUCAUCCAUUUGCUCUUCUUUCACAGUUCUCUUCUCUUUAGAGCAUUGUCAUUGGUUGAGAGAUUCGCACACCCCAACGUUAAUAGGAAGUUUGUUCUCUCUCACUUCUCCCACCCCUCCCACCUUCCCCCUCAAUCCUUUCCUUUGUUUUUAAAGGAUGUGUUUGUAUGCAUUCUGGACGUUUGAAUUAAAAAAAAAUAUCUUGUGAUCCAGAAAGGCUCACUAUAGAUGUGGACAAAUCAUUAAAAUUACAGAGCUAUAUGAUCCAUAAUUGAUUAGUCAAAAUAACUUAUUGAUGAAAUAUACAAAUAUUUUAUUGUAGCACCUAUUUUUAUAUGCACAUUUAGCAUUCCUCUUUCCUUCACUAUUUAGCCUAUGAUUUUCACAGAGGCGUUCUUGCACUGUAUUAGGAGCUGCGUUUCCAAAACUAGAGUGAUAUUGGAAAGGCCUAUUAAAUAUUUAAACACGCGGAGCACUUAAUGGCAAAAGUCUUUAAAAGUACAUAAAACCCAUCGAAUGGGACCUGCAAUUAACAAAAAAACAAAACUAAAAAAAUGAAGCUGAUUGUAUCCCACUCCAUAAAGAGAAAAAAGAUGGGGCAGUGAAUUGGUUUGUUCGAUUGAGAAAUGUGGAGAAGGUUUUGGUUGUAUCCGAGAAGUUUGAAAAGUAUUUUCAUUAGUGAACCAAAAUGAUGUAUUGAUUUGACUACUAUUGUAGCCGAUUUUUUGAUUGUGUAACCAAACCCAGUUGCAUUUGUACAGAUCCACGUGCACUUGCACUUCAGAAGACCAAAAUGAUGGGCUGUACAAGUCUCUGUAUGAUGUCUUUAUCCCUCUGGGCAGACGCUAAUGACAAACAGGAUCUCUGUAAGACAGAACUACUAUUGUUACAGUCUCAUAUGUAUCCCAGCACAUGUAAUUUUUUAAAUAGUUUCUGAAUAAACACUUGAUAACUAUGUCAA